AUGCCGUCACCUAUACCAAUGUUGACAGAUCCUCCGGGCUGGAAGCCACCGAAGAAGACUGUGUCUGCCAUGGUCACUCUUGCACUCGUUUCGUUUCUGGCCGCCCUUGAUUCCACGAUCCUUGUCACCAUUCUCCCGGUCAUUGCGCACGAACUUGAUGGCUCGACGAUCGAUUCAUUUUGGGCAGGUACAUCAUACCUAUUGUCAUCGGCCGUCUCGCAGCCUGUGAUCGCGAUGCUUGCGCAGCUAUUUGGGUCUCGAGCCCUUCUGGUGUCGUGUGUUUUCAUGUUCGCAGUGGGUUCCGUGAUUUGUGGCCUUGCCAGGAGCUUCACCCCUCUCCUCGUCGGCCGUUUUUCGCAGGGAGUCGGAGGUGGUGGCAUGAUCACCCUGGUUCAGACGAUAUUCGCGGACCUGGUCCCUCUGCGGCAACGCCCCAGGUGGUUCUCCUUGGUGCUUGCGACUUGGGCGGCCGGAAGUGUGAUUGGUCCGUUUGUGGGUAGCGCCUUGGCUGAACGAGCUUCAUUCCGAUGGGUCUUCUGGAUCAACCUCCCCCUCUGUGGAAUUGCCCUUGCAUUGGUGCCGCUCUGCAUCAAUUCUAUGAACCCGAGGAUCUCCUUCCGUGAGGCGUUCCUCCGAAUCGAUUGGAUUGGUGGCCUUCUUUUCAUCGCGAGCAUCACCAGCGUGCUCGUCGGCCUAUCAUGGGGAGGCGUCCAAUUCCCAUGGAUUAGUAAAUGGACCUUACUCCCAAUUCUUGUCGGAACGGUCGGAAUUCUAGUUACGAAUGUAUGGGAACAUAAUUUUACGCAACAUCCCUUAUUACAUAUAUCGCUUUUCCGAAGCAGUUCGAUGGUGCUGGCACAGGGUUGCGCAUUCCUUCAAGGCCUCAUUUUACUCUGCACCCUCUAUUAUAUUCCUUUCUAUUUCGCUUCUGUCCGCCUUCGACCUCCGAUACAAUCCAGUAUCUGUAUCCUACCGCUAUCAUGUUCGUUGUUACCUGGUUCUGCCGUCGUCUCACAACUCAUCAGUCACACCGGCCUAUACCAGUGGGCGAUAUGGUCCGGGUGGCUCGUGACCACUUUAGGGGCUGGCCUCCUCCUCCUACUCGGAAGCCAUUCUACACCGGCGGUUUGGGUGACAAUCUUUAUCAUUUUUGGCCUGGGGAACGGAGCUUUACUUUCCGCUAUCAAUUUUAGUAUUCAAGCCAUUGCGAAUCCUGGAGACGCCGGGCGAGCGGCCAGUAUGUACACCUUUUUUCGAAGUUUAGGGAUGGCUGUUGGAGUCGCCGUCGGUGGAAAUGUGUUCCAAAAUAUGAUGGCACAUCAUCUACGGGACUCUGCGUUGUCGAAAGAGAUUGCAAGGGAUGCAGAGGCCUAUAUCCAAGUCCUACGGAAGAUGAGUGACACCAACCCUGUCAAGCGUGAUAUCUUGGACGCCUACUUAGGUGGAUUCCACGGCGUGUUUUUCGUGCUGCUGGGAUCUAGCGCUGUAGGCCUAGUUAUUGGGCCUUUCAUCAAACGCUACAGCAUGGAUCGUGUCACUGGGGGAUUUGGCGCGGGAAAUUGA